AAGGCCGUCUCAUAUCGCGUCGUCUCGUCUCAUCUCAUCAACCAACGCGUCACUCCCGCUCCAGAGCCUGCAACUCUCCAAUCCAAGACAGGUGAUGGCUACGAGAUACGCCUGGCCACCCUAUUGAUCCAUCUCAGGAGACCCCUUUCCUUUUCCGCAGUUGGACGGGCGAUCGGCUUAAGGACAGAGGCUCAGCGGCUACUCUGAAACUCCCCAUCCACGCCCUCCUCGCAAGGCCGAUCGAGGCCCCAAUUCCUACCACGAGACGUGGACUACGGAGCCAGCCGGCUCUCCUUCUCUUUACGCCCGGAAAGCUCCAGUUCCGAUUAAUCGACGCCGGCGGUAGACGAUGACUGAAAACGUCAUCUGGCUUGCUAGGUCUUGAGGAGACUCGGGGGAUCCUAGCUUGGCGUCAGCACCGUAGGCCUGCCCAUUUCGAAGCAUAGAAGGUGUAUCUCCUUAGAGCAGGCGCCCGGGCUUUUCAAGAUGACCAGGGAACCCCUCGACAUCGCAGCCGUUAUAUCCGACUCGGACGGUCCUGAUGCCGCCGUCCGUACGCCUCAGAGAGUCAGGCAAUCCCAGCCGCAUUCCCUACCCGGGUCCCGUACCCGUAAGCCUGCCAGCCCGCCGCCUCCGGCCCGGCGGGCGGUAUCGUCUACACUAGAUAAUUCCACCCCGAUCCCGGCUGCCACCCCCACUCGACCUGCUAGGGGGUCUGCAUCCAAACCCGGCGGCCACGACGAGACAACAGCAUCGCUGUCUGUCAGGUCGACCGGCGGUCCCCGGAAUGCGCAUGAUACCACGCCCUCGUCGGCUCACCACCACCCGCCCGCCAGUCAGAGGACGCCUAAGAAUCAGACGCCGAGAAAGGUGGACUGGACCACCGACAAGAUCGAAGAGGCUUUACGAAAGUAUGCAGUGGAUAUCGGCACGGACGGGGCUCAGCUUACUGCUCGCCUCAUCCAUAUGGCGUGGAAGAACGAGGCUCCCCAGCAGCGCUUUACUUGCAAGAAAGACUGGUUUGCCAAUAUGAAGUGUGUCCCGGUAGAAGGGACUCAGAGAUCCUCCGACACCAUGCGAAUCAAGACCAAGCAAGUUGGCCAAGGGAGAUCUGGAAAGCAGGAAAAACGGGAACACUAUCAGGUCAUCUGCAUCAAGACCAAUACCGACACCGUCCCUCCUUACAGCUUUCACCAUGUCGAGAUCAAGAAGAAUAUCCUCUCUCCGAAUACUAUGCUGACAUACGUUCCACACCUGCGAGAUCUGGCUGACAACGAAGAGGGCAUCUACCGUCGGUGGCUCGAAAAUCUGGAGAACAUGGACAAAACCUCCGGAUUUGCCACGCUGAGUAGGCAGCAGAAAGUCACCAAAACUAUUCAGAAAGAGCGCGCCACCACUCUCUUGCUAUAUCUCGACUCCUGGCUCGACAGUUUGUCCAUUGAGAACUGCACCAAAACCACGCUCAUCCGCUACAUGGCAAAUCAGGGCGACAAUGUAACACCCCAGCAAAAGUCGAGUAUUCUUAACUCGUACAGCGAUGAGGCCAGCUCCCCACGGUCGGUUAAGGCUGUACGGAUGUUCACGGACGCCUUCGACCGAGUAUUUAACUCGCCGAAUUUACGGGAACGCGCCGUACCUCUCCGCGAUGUCCUCCUACUGGAUAAGUCCAUCGAUGUAAUUGCCGACUCGAAGAAGUGGAUGAAGGAAACUCCUAGUCAAUCAAAAGUCACAGACGAACCGACGACGGUCGAGUCUUUCUUAGAAACCUACGCAUUGCUCGGCUGCCUAGUCUGCACGAGCCAUUCGUGCGAGCACGGCGAGUACGGAGUGGACAACGAGCGGAAACGAUUUUCCGUCGAAGUGAUCGGAGGGUUGUCGCCCAUGAUCCGGCAGCAACUCACAAAGAAAAACGGAAAGGGUGAGGAAAGUCCGACAGCGCGCAGGGCGAGGAAGCCCUGCGGCGAGGACUGCUAUCUGAACGGGCGGCCGGGAACGCGUGCCCGUGUAUGGAAUGAAACCGAGGUAAUGCUCCUGAAAGCGUUUUUUUCCACGCUGAGCAGCUCGAGCAUCCCGGUGCAAUGUGCUACCGCAGUAGCCACCGGCAGACCCUGCUGGGACGUCAGCCGUCAGCUCGAUAAGCUCGAUCUAUCUAUCCCUAUGGCGUCGCCGCCGUCGCCCGUCCAAGUCAAACCCUUGCCAUGGUAUGACAGGAAGAAGAAGAUGCUCAUAGGGGAUUGGCAAGAGCAUACAAACACUCACGAACACCAGAGGAAAGACUAUUUCGACCCAUGCAACCACGAAGGGCCUUGCACGUCCAAGAACUGCGGAUGCAUCCAGAACCACAUCAUGUGUGAGCGUUUCUGCCGCUGCACGGCGGCCACUUGCGCCAACAAGUUUACCGGCUGCGCUUGCCAUUCCCAUGGGAAGACGUGUGUCUCGAAGCAGAAGGACAGGCCGUGUAUAUGUGUGCAGCUGAAUCGCGAAUGUGAUCCGGCAUUGUGCGGGAGCUGCGGUGCUUUCGAGAGGGCGAACCCGGCCAACGCAGACAACGACGCUCUCUACGCGACUGGGUGUCAAAACUGCGCGCUUCAACGAGGCAAGUCGAAGUCACUCAUUUUGGGAAAAUCUAAGAUAGCGGGGUACGGGCUCUUCGCAACCGAGGACAUCGCCCAGGACGAGUUCGUCAUCGAAUACGUCGGCGAGCUCAUCAGCCAAGACGAGGGUGUCCGCCGCGAGGCUCGGCGCGGAGAUGUAUUCGAUGAGUCGUCCAAUUCCUCAUACCUCUUCACCCUGCUAGAACAAGAAGGCAUCUGGGUUGAUGCUGCCAUAUACGGGAACCUCAGUCGCUAUAUCAACCACCAGGAGACCAACUGCAACGUUACGCCACGGAUCUUGUACGUAAACGGCGAGUAUCGGAUCAAAUUUACCUCCUUGCGGGACAUCAAGGCGGGAGAGGAGUUAUUCUUCCAUUACGGCGAGAACUUCCCCAAUUUGACUAAGAAGCUAUUGCAAGAAGAGAAGGCCGAGAAGAGGCGCCGCAAGGCGAAAGAGCAGGCCAGCAAAGCGGACCAGAACGGUGGAGAAAGACCGAGGAAGAAACCGGGCCGUAAGCCGGGUAGAAAGCCCGGGCGUAAGCCGGGGCGGAAACCAAAGAAGUCGUUCGCCAAAAUCGACUCGGAGCCGGAGGACGAUGACAAUGUCCUCGAGCCGUCCGAAGAACCAUUCCCUGACGUCGACAUCACAAGGUCGCGCAAGCGUAAACGUGGCGCCGACGGCGGCGACUCUGGCGAAGGAGAGUACCGCCCCGAUGCAACUGACUCCCAAACCGACGUCGUGUUUGAUGUCGGCGACGCCGCUUCUCUCGGCCAGAAGGUUUCGCGCUUCAGAAAGCGACUAGGAGCCCCGAAGGCGAGGAAGAGUUUCCCCAGCGCGGCCACCAGACGACGAAAGGUGAACGGAGACGGGGAUGAGAACGACCCCGAGCCGACACCAAAACGUCGUCGCAGGAAGGCCCGGAAACUCGAGGAGGACGCUUCGAUUGAGGAAAUCGAUGAAGCGCUGAAUUUAGAUAACGAGCCUGUUGUCACGCCAAAACGUCGAGGCAGGAAGCCUAAACAUCUCAAAGAGAGUAACGUCGAAAUCGAAGUAGUCGGACCCUCUAAAGGCGAUGCGGCAGUCUCGGGUGACGGGCCGAGCAAUGCUGCGUCCGCGAGCGUCCCGGGCAUCGCCCAGGAUGGCGUGGCCCUCUUCAGACACACGGAGGCCAGGCUUGAGCUCGACUCGGAUUCGGCCGCGUGCGAGGACACGCCCUCUCGCGUGCGAACCCGGCGACAGGCCAAGGAGGUCGUAGCGUCCAGCCCGCUCUCGACCCCGGAUUCCGGCAUCGAGUACCCCGGGGUGGACAUGUCCGACUCGGACAUACGGCCGCGGUCGAGGAGGUCGCGCGCGAGGCCCGGCAGGGGGGCUACCGCGGACCGCAAGCGCAACGGAAGCGGCUGGAGCGACGCCGGCAGGGUUAGGCGCCGCGGCAGCGGCGGCGCCGGAGACGGAGACGGAGACGAGAGCGACGACGACGAUGAUGCCCCCGUCGACCGCACGCGGACGCGACGCAGACCCGCUCGGUACGACGACUAAACCGAGCACUCUCUCUCUCCCCCUCCUCCUCCUCAUCCUUUUUUCCCCUUUUUUGGCUGCUUCUAAUUUCCCCUGCGUGUCGCUUUCUCGCCCAGUUCCGUAGCCUCCCCUCCGACCCUAGGCUAUCCGAUCCGACCGCGCUCGGCGCCCCCCGACGAUGAGCGGCCGGCGCCCUCCGGAAUCCUCGCCGCUGCCGCUGCCGCUGCCGCCGCAGAUCGGACGAGAGAAUCUGCCGCCGCCGCCGCCGCCGCCCCCCCUGAACGUAUCUAGAGCGCAACAACACUGGGACGGGAG